AUGGCAGCCGAUAGUAGGGAAUGCAGGGCAUUCACAUUCCCAGGAAGAGGUCUUUUCCAAUCGCCGGUGAUGCCAUUUGGUUCACAUUCAGCGCGUGCGACAUUUCAGCGAGCCCUGCACACGGUAAUAGAGCCGGAGGUGCAGCCUCAUGCGUGCCCCUACCUAGACGAUAUCGUCGUAAUAGGGGCAACGAAAGAGCAGCAUGUAGAGAAUUUGAGGGAAGUAUUCCGCCGUUGGGGCAUGUUAUUUGUGGAGAAGGAAUACGUACCGACCCAGAGAAAGUGGGGGCGAUACGUAACCUUAGGGUCCCGACUAAUUGAAAAGCCCCACUUAAAGAAGGUUCGGAAAUGGGCUUGGGAUGAAAAACAGGAGGAGGCAUUGCGUCAAUUGAAGGAUAGCUUCACGACUGCCCCUCUGUUGGCUUGUCCGGACUUUUCCGCCAAAUUCGUCUUGCAGACCGACGCGAGUGAGUAUGGCCUCGGCGCAGUGCUGACGCAGACGUUAGAAGGACAGGGUGAUAGAUGGAUAGACAGGUGGGUCGCCAAAGAGUCAGCCAAGUUCCCAGUCUACAUAGAAGAAAAUGGGCAGUUAUAUAGGAAUUUGAGGCACCGGACGGACGAGGAGGACUACAUUCCUUGCAAGCUUUGUGUGGCUAGUGGUCAGCGACAGAGGCGUGAGAUAAACGGUGUCAAGGAUAGCCCAGAGGUACUACUGGCCGAGUAUGUUCCGCGACGCCGCCAAACGGGUGGUCACAUGCUGACGAGACAGGUAGCGGAGCCGAUGGCAGUGCUCUACGCGGAUUUCGUCGGACCCCCUCCACGGUCGAGACAUGGCAACACGAUACUGGUGUUCCAUGAUGCCUUCUCAAAAUGGGUGGAACUGGUCCCACUCAGGAGGGCUACGACGGCCCAAGAAGUCAUACCUUCAAGUCGUUUCUGGAUGUAG